CAGAGAGGUAGGAACAUGUUACUGUGUUUAGCUUUGAUUUAAGCAUAUAUCAGUGACUUUUGAAAGAACUCCUUUUUCUUCUGCUUGAACUGCAUCCCAUUAUUCAACAUUAAUACUUUUUUGCAAUGGCUUUUAGUGCCUUCAGACAAGCUCACAUAUAUGAAAAACGAGCAGUCUCGAAAGAGGACAAAUCCUGCAUCCAGUGCCUUGAGUGCUAUGACCAAAAUGUUUACAUAGGGACUAAAGAUGCAACAGUCCAACACCUCAUUCUGACAAGCAGCACAAAUGGAGACAAUAGCCCUGGCCUGACCAAAAUCAGAGAAGGUAGGGCAAGAAAACUAGGCUCAAGCAACUCUGUAAAUCAACUGAGGGCAGUUCCACUUUUCAACCAUCUGCUGGUCCUGUGGGACCGGAGCGUUACUGCCCUCAACAUGUUUUCCUUAGAGCCUGUUCCUGCUCUGAAGAAGAUCCAGCAUGUGUCUUUGUUUGAGGUGUGCGACUCAUUGCUCGCAUCGGAGGGGACGUGUGUGCAGAUGGUGACGUCUUCCAGCCGCAGGAAAGUGCUCCGGAUCCAUGUGGUUGGAGUGGACAGGUGGGAGGUUGUAAAGGAGGUCUCUGUGCUCCAAGACCCUGUGGCCUUGGCGGUGGAUGGUGCAACUCUGUGUCUUGCCACCAGUGACAGGUACCUCCUCUGUGAUAUUCAGACUGGGAGCUGUGAGGAGCUCUUUCCUCAUAAUCACAGCAGGCAGCAUGUUAUCGUUACCUCACUGGGAGAAGGAGAAUUCCUCCUGAAUGGGCCCGAAUUUUUGGGCAUGUUUGUGAUGAAGACAGGGAUAUGCCAGCGCCCUCCCCUGCAGUGGCCUCAGGAGGUGCUGGCAGCCGGGGCAUGUUUCCCUUACGUCCUAAGCCUGCAGCCCGAACUGUUGUCUGUUUACAGCAUGUUGGAUCAGCAACGCAAACAGACUGUGAGUCUCACUGGAGCAAGGGGUCUACUUUCCACUUCAGAUGGUGUGUUAGUGUUCACAGAGAGAGACAUUUUCAGCCUGAGCCUGGUGCCAUUCGAAGAGCAGAUCCAGGCACUUGUAAGGCACCAAAGGGUUGAGGAGGCCUUAUUGCUGCUGGAAGGGGCUCAAAGCCGUCAUCCACUUGACUCAUACAAGGAGCUACAGAAGGCCAUCACUUGCCUGGCUGGAUUUGCUCAUUUUUACCAGGAGGGUUUUUCCCAAGCCAAAGAUCUAUUCAUUAAAGGUGAGCUGGACCCGAGAGAAAUCAUUUGCCUGUACCCGGAUAUGUGUCUCAGCGAAGACUUUCAAUCUCAUCUUGAUCAAAUAAACAAGGGCAGAGAUCUCCAGCUGCUCAAGAAGGAGGACAGAAACAAAUUUCAUCAUUACCUGGCCUUCCUGGGAGAUUUUCUCAGAGCAGUAAGGGGGACAGAGAGAGGCCUGAAGUGCAGUAAGGAAGUGGACAGCACCCUCCUGAGGCUGUAUGUAGAAAUGAAUGAUGAUGAAAAACUCCAACAGCUUGUUGCUUUUCCCAGUAAGUGCAGUCUGGACCUCUGUGUCCCUGUUCUGGAGCAACACCACAGAUUUUUUGCUUUAGGUUCCCUCUACGAAAGCCACGGGCUGCACACUGAUGCAGUAAAGACUUGGGUGAAGAUUACAGAUGGCUUGUGUAAAGAUUCUUCCUGCUCAGAUGUAUAUGGACACAUUGUGGCGACUCUCAGUCAGCUCAGAGACAAAGACACCGUGUGGGCAUUUGCAGAUUGGACUUUACAAAGAAACCAAGAGACAGGUGUGCAGAUUUUCAUCAAGCGCCCACCAGAUGGUCAAUUUGAAACACAAGAUGUCCUCACAUUCUUGGAGACGUUUCCACUGGCAUUGAUUUUCUAUCUUGAGUACUUAAUCCAUGAUUUAAGUAGCGAGGAAGAGAGCCAUCACAACCGUCUGGCCCUGGCAUAUGUUACUCAGAUGCUGCAAAAGGAAGAUGAAAGAGUGAGGGUGACCAGAGGGAAGCUGCAGCAGCUGCUAUGGGAGUCCAAAUUCUAUAACAUCUCCACAGUGUAUGACAGAGUAAAGUCAACAACCCUACACCCAGAAAAGGCCAUUCUCCUUGGUAGGUCUGGUGAACACUACCAAGCACUGCAGAUGCUUGUACACGUGGAGAAAGACCUCCAGGCUGCAGAGGCCUACUGCUGCAGGGCAGCCCAGGACCAGGACUCACAAUUCAGGGAGGUCCUCCUGCUCACUCUUCUCCAAAUCUACCUGAGCUCCAAGGAUCUCACAGGCGCAGCUGUGGAUCUUCUUAACAGCCAACCUCACGUUUUUGCACUGGAGAAGGUACUCCAGCUCCUUCCUGAGUCCUGGUCUGUUCAACUGGUCUCUCAGUUUUUAGUCGUAUCCCUCAGGGAAACCUUCCACCAGAGGCAGAUGGUGAGAUUGCAACAGGCUCUUGCCCGGGCGGAGCUCCUGAGGCACAAGGUCACUUGGAUGCAGGCCUCAAAAACAAAGUUCAGAGUGGACAAGCAGCAGAAAUGUAGAGUUUGCCAGGGAGAACUUACAGAACCACACUUUGUCCGUAACCUGCGAGGUGAGGUGGUGCACAUAAGCUGCAUGGGCUACUCUGCAUUAUAACAACGGACUCAGACUUUUUUUCUCACUGGACUUCUAAGAAUCUCAUUCAUUUUUUACAUUUCUGCUUCCAACCUGAUGAUUGAUCUGAUCAUAGAGCCAGACUCUACCAGAAUCAAAGUCAAGGACAACUUUGCUACUAAGAUUUUAAAAAUUCAAACUGGAAAAGAACAAGCAAUGCAGUUUUUGAAGGCAACCAUUUUUAGACAGAUUGUAGACAGCAAGAGCAAUAAAGUCAGUUGGGAAAAACCCUAAGGGGUCUAUAUUCACUGAUCAGACAGUGGUAUUUUACAUGGAAACCACCUGUGGUCACCCUGAUGACCAGAAGGAAUAUGGCCG